GCAGGACUGUAAAUGUUGAGCUUUCACAAUUUUGUGUACCUUUCAGGUAGUUCAACAUCCUUAUCAUCUUAUCGGAUCCAAGCUUCAAUGAUUUCCAACACCAAGCUUUCAAACAGUCCCCACCAUCUCCAACCUUGACAAUCGACAACUUUCUAAACCACGAUCACACACAAUGAGCAGAAACAAAGAUACAGUUCACGCCGAUGCGCGUCGCUUCCUCGAUGAGCGUGGCUCUAACGUAUCGGUCGCGCCAAACGGCCUCAAUCCCGCGACUAUUAUGGAAAAGGCCGUCAAGGAUCGCAUCGUCGACUCGUACUUUUACAAAGAGCAAUGCUUUGCGCUCAACGAAGCGGAUAUUGUCGAUCGCGUCGUCGAGCAUGUCAAUUUCAUUGGUGGAACGUACGGUGUCACACAAAAACCCAGUCCAUUCCUGUGUCUUGCCUUCAAGCUGCUUGAACUUUCGCCCAGCGAUGCAGUGCUCAUGGAGUACUUGAAAUAUGGCGGAGAGGCUUUUAAAUACCUGCGCGCGCUUGCGUGCUUCUACUUCCGACUCACAAGACAAGCGAAGGAUGUGUACGAGAUGCUGGAGCCGUUCCUCGAGGAUAGGCGCAAACUUCGACGGAGAGGAAGGGCGGGCGUGGUGUUGACAUUCAUGGACGAAUUUGUGGACGAGCUGUUGACAAAGGAGCGAGUAUGCGGUACAAGUCUUUGGAAGAUGCCAAAGCGAGAGGUUUUGGAAGAUUUGGAAAUUCUCGAGCCAAGGGUUAGUCCCCUUGGUGAUCUUGAGGAUCUUCUCGAGGAAGAGGACGAAGCAGAGGAAGAGAAUGGAACAAGAGAAGAAUCUGGAGAGAUUUCCGAUAGAGAUGAUAUGGAAGUUGAUCGUGAUGAGAGGAGAAGUCAGAGUCGAGGCCGCAGUCGAAGUCGAAGUCGAAGUCGCUCACCUUGAUCAGAUGGACUGUCCCCGCACAGCAACCAAAAGAGUUGACUCGCAAAACACCAUAAAUCAUUACUAAAAGCCAGACGUCGUGGUUCUACUCUCCUGUCGCUUCAAGAGAUUAUGGAUAGCACCGUUAGGGCGAGCGAACGAAAAAGCUUCUGCCUAGUUUAUCAAUACGGCAUGCUUAGCUCGAUAUGUGGAAACUGCCUCAUCUACGACAACAUCUACAGGUGUUGAAUGUCUAUGGUAACGACGCAAGACGAACAGAGACCGUGCCAUAUUAAGCUGAUAGGGUGCCAUUCGAAAGUCGAGAAUGGCAGAGCUAGGGCUCUUGCAUGCUUAUCAGACCCUUCACCUACUUGUAUAGGGCACUUGAAUCACUCAAACUGGACCGCGGCAAAUAUACAGCUAGCCGGAUACGCAUUCAUGAUACCCAUUCAAUGCAAAACAGGAAGUUUGAUGGGGGAACAGGCGAACCACUCAGAUAUGCUCAAGAUACUGCUGUCGUCUAGUUGUUCUAAUGUACAAUAAUAUCAUAAAAUCAUCGCUUGUAAUAUAUCUACAAUCAUGCCGCCAGGGAUUUUAACUUUUCUGCCAGUUGAAGCACCCUCUGGUCGUCCCAGUAUUGUCCGAUGACCUGCAA